AUGGGCCAGGGCCAUGCCAAGGAGGCAGAGAUGCGGACGCUUGCGGCGGCGCAGGAGGACACCCACUUUACCCUCUCCGAGGUCAAGCAUCUGCGCAAGCAUUACGAGCGGGUGUGCGGCGGAUCGGAGCUGACUCGCGAUCAGUUUGGCGAGCUUGUGGACGAGCUGCAUCUUCCGGGACUCUCGGACUCGCGCGAGAUGCUGGACGAGGUCUUUACCCUCUUUGACAUCGACGAGUCGGACAGCGUCAACUUUAAGGAUCUUCUCUCGGCGCUUUCCAUCUGCGCACGCGGCUCGCUGGAGGAACGCAUUCUGCUGGCCUUCCACAUGUUUGGCGCCACGUCAGGCGGCGUGGUGUCGCGGGCAUCGAUGCUCAAGGUGCUGACCCACCUCGCGCCGCUCAUCCGGUCGUCGGGCGAGGGCGUGCCGGGAGUGCUGCCUUCCGACGCCAGCAGCUCGAUCAACAGUGCAGGUGUUGCCGACGCCGGCGUUGACAUCGACGCCUUGUCGCAGUUUGUCGACACCAUCUUUGCCGAGUGCGAUCUUGAUGCCGACGGCGCACUCAACAUCCCCGAGUUUACGCGGGCCGUGCGUGCGACGCCGCAGCUGCUUGCCUUCAUGGGCAACUUUGUGACGGCCGACACCGCCGCCAACCGGCCGCGCCGCUACCUAGUGGCGGUCGAUGGUGGCGAAUCAUGCCACCGCGCGUUCCAGCACGUUCUCACUGACCUGCAGGGCCGUGAGCACUCCCUCCACCUCGUCGUCGUUGUCCGCAAGCUCGACCCGCGCCACAAGCCGCCGCUCAUGUCCUCGGCCAAAUUUGAGGCCGAGUUUGCUGCCCGCCACGAUGCCAUGCUCGCCACCAUGCAGUCGUUUGAGGAGCUGGCUCACGAGGCCGGUGUCGCCCGCGUCGAGACCGAGGUCGUCCGCGACGUCGCCGAGGUCGGCCCGGCUAUCAUCGACGUCGCCCACCGCAUCGACGCCGACGUCCUUGCCAUGGGCUUUGAGGGCCAGUCUGGCCGCCAGCACAACUCUGCGGACGUCCAUCUCGGCUAUGUCGCCUCGUACUGCAUCCAGCAUGCCCACUGCUCGGUCCUCAUCAUCAAGUAA